AUGUUCAUUCCCAAGAAUCAACCUGUAGAAAACCAGGAUAUAAUUAGUAAGAUACCAAAAGAACAAGAUACUAAUACCAAAGAGCAAGUUAAAGAAACAAAUACUUAUCUAACAUCAACAGAGUAUUCUCAAAAGUCACUCAACCAGCCUACUAUAAAAGACCAUGAUGGAAUAUCUUUGAUGCUUGAUCAAAAGAUAACGCCAGAUCUAGACAUAACUAGUAAAGAAUCAGAACAAAGAUCUCAAAUACAUAGUAAAGUCCUUGUCUGCAAUUCAAGUGAUAAGCAAGACAUAAGUAAGAAACAAAUCAAGUAUAAGCCCGAAAGUAAGAGAUUUCACGACCAUAGUAAAGAUCUAAAAGAUCUUGAAAGGUUUAAACCUCAGAAAGAUCACAAGAGAAGGCUCAAUGCAUUGAGAAAGUCUA